GCGGGGAGAUGGAUAAACUGACCAUCAUCUCAGGAUGUCUCUUUCUGGCCGCCGAUAUCUUCGCCAUCGCCAGCAUCGCCAACCCGGACUGGAUCAACACUGGCGAGUCCGCGGGAGCGCUCACUGUGGGCCUUGUGCGACAGUGUCAAACUAUCCAUGGACGAGACCGGACAUGCAUCCCUCCCCGGCUUCCCCCAGAGUGGGUCACCACUCUGUUUUUUAUCAUCAUGGGUAUCAUUUCAUUGACUGUCACAUGUGGUUUGCUGGUGGCUUCCCACUGGCGAAGAGAAGCUACAAAAUAUGCUCGAUGGAUAGCAUUCACUGGAACAGUGCACCUGAUUUCUGACUUGUACCGCCAAGAAAUCUGUACCGUGGAGAAAAUGAAGUUAUGUCUCUUAUCAUUGUAUUUAGGACUCGGAACUUAACCUCCAAGGGCUGAUAGAUAUUAUCAACAUUAAUAAUUGUGUUAAGAUCUAAAGCACCUUCACAGUUCUCAAUAGCUUAAAAGGAAAACUCAUUCGCCUACAUUAAAUCUGCUCCCCUGGAUAAGAGUUUAUAGCUUCCUUAAAAUUUGAUUAAGUUUUUCCUAACCAAUUUGGAAAAUGUUUAACCUUUGUAAAAUAAAAAUCCUACUUUAAAUAUUGUUGCAAAACAAUUAUUCCAUUAUAAAGGAUAGAUUUUUAUUUCACAGUAGCAAAUAGGGAAGGAUAGAAAUAAAGUUGGCACAUCAGUUGACAGAAUGAGUAAUUUUAAUAUCUAAAAUUUUUUUUCAAAACUUUUUAGGACUCCUUAAAAUUAGAUUAGUCACAUUGCAGAGAAAGUUCUGUUUUUAAAACAGUGACCUUGGCUAUUGCUUUUUAUUAGUUUGUGUGUUAUUAGUACUUAGAUUGUGGUUUUGCUUUAUUUACCAAACUAUCUUAAGCCAUAAAAACCAUUAGAAAUUAGUGACAACACUAAUAAGUGGGCAUUGGCAGCACUAAAUUAUUUAUUGCUGACUAUGCAACAAAAAGAUCAAAAGCUCUAAAACUUAAGGCCUGAAGUUUUCAUUUAUUCUACAGUAGGUAUCUGAAAGAAUCCAGGUUCACUUAUGUAAUAUUAUUUAGUGUAGUAGUUGGUCCAAAAUGAGACAGAUUCUGCAUAAUAUAAAAUAAUCUACAUAAGUGGUGUAAAGCAAACAAGCAUGCCAAUGUGUUUCUUAAGCUGGUGUAUUGCUUAAGAAAAUAUGCUACUUUUUAAUACAUUGCUGGAGCUAUUCUUUCCAAGAAAGGAUUCCUAACUGGUGGGGCUCUCAUAUAAGCUUGUUUGUUUUAAAUAGUAAUUUUUUUACCUUUAAUCAUAUUUUUUUUAUUGUAGACACAACACAAACACACAGAAGCAACAACCCUCUGACUGCAAUUCAACAAGUAGCUAGAGAGCAAACCCCAAAUAUCACAGGCCACAGUUCCACAGUCUCAGUCACACACACCGUCCCCUGCGAAACACAACAUAUAUACAAAAAGAUUCUCAUGUAAGUUUUGAUUGAGUAAUGCAAAAAAAUUAGAGAAAUAUGUCACGAUAUAUUUAUCAAUAUUCUCAGGAAUAUUCUCAGGAAUAUUAAACCUUUUAAUUUGGAAAAGGUUUCUAAUUCGUGUAAUAACGGAAAGUUUCAAAUCUUCAUAUACAUUGGCUGUGGUAACCUAGGUCUCACUUCCCAUCAAACUGAAGAAAUGUUUCUGCCUCCAAAGAAAUUUGAAGGACUCUGAAUAUUUGGCCAAUAUGCUUUCAAAAAGCAUAAAAUAUUUUCUUGGAAAAGCUAUGCUAUCUGCACAUAAUUUUUGUUU